AUGUCGUCCAGUUCGAAGCUCGCUGGGAAUCUCUCCUCCCACAAUUCCACGGCCGAUGGAAACAGAAUGGAGUGGGGAGCACCUUCCGUCAUAUCAAUGGUCAUCUUCACCCUCACCUUCCUACUGGGCGUCCCGGGCAACGGCGCAGUCAUCUGGGUGACCGGCUUCAAGAUGAAGAGUAAGAUCCACACGGUGUGUUUCCUGAAUCUGGCUCUGGCUGACCUGAUCUAUUACCUGAACCUUCCCUUCCGCAUGACUAACAUCUUCCUGAGCUACUCUGGGCACAAAACCUACUUUCCCUGGAAGUUUUCUGGAACCUUGAUGUUCCUCAACGCCGCCGCCAGCAUAUAUCUGUUAUGUCUGAUCAGCAUCUGCCGCUGCCUGGCUAUUACUCGGCCCACUUGGUUCCAGCAGCAUCCGAGCCUCACAUGGGUUCGUGGGGCCUGCUUCGGAGUCUGGAUCCUAGCCUUCGUCAUGUGCCUGCCCGUCCUCUUGCUUCAGGAUUUAGAGAAGGAAUUGACCGUGUUAGAGCCAAUUUGGUUUGUUUUCAUCUUCGGCCUUCCCUUUGUAAUUAUGAUCACCUGCUACUGCCUGGUUGGCUGGAGGCUGCAAGGGGACAGGUUCUUCGAAUAUACGAAACCUGUCCGCCUCAUCAUCACCGUUGUCGUCGUCUUUAUGAUCUGUUGGAUCCCCAACACUGUCUGCGACCUCGUAUCAACCUUCUCCACACCGAUUCCCCGGGACUGGUCGUUAUUCACUGUAGCCCUGGCCUCAUUCAACAGCGCCCUCAACCCCCUUCUCUAUAUCUUCGCUGGCCGCGAAUUCCGCCAGGUCCUCAAGCGCUCCCUUCUCGCCUUGCUCCGUCUAGCUUUCGCCGAGCACAGUCUAGAACUGGAGAGCCAGGCAGAAACCCGCAACCUCAUCUCAAAUACAAAUGUCUGAGGGAGUUCCUCGUGGACAGACAUCCGACCGAUAUCCCCUGACUACAAACACAGUGGACAGUCGGACGCAAUUGUGGUCGGCAGUGGAGGCUUUGCUACACUCCUAUUUUCAUCUCUCAGAAUGUAAAACAUAGACCAUUCAGCCUACAAUGUACCGUAUCAAUUCAAUCAGUCGAUAAAUGGCAAUUAACCUCAUCUCCUCUGCCUACACAAUGGCGAUAUCCUUUCUUUUUACUUAUUCUACCUAUCUAAACAUCGCUUAACCUAUCUCUAACCUCUAACCUACCUCUAACCUAUCUGCUCUCACCACCAUUUCAGCAGUGUAUACCAGGCACACACCACUGUUUGUGUAAUUAACUUGCCCCUCGCAUUUCCUUUGGAAUGACGCCCUCUAACUUUAAAUGCACGUCCUCUGGUGUUACACAUGUCAACCCUGCGAAGCAUACUGAAUAUCCAUGCCUUUCAUGAUCUUCUAAACCUCAUCCCGCCACCCCAGUGAAAAUAACCCAAGUGUGUUCAACCUCCCGUAGUCGACGAUGCUCUCUAAUCCAGGCAGCAUCCUGGUAAACCUCUGCACUCUCUGCAAAGCCUCGACAUCUUUCCUGAAAUGGGCGACCAGAACUGUAUAAACAUCUUUCACCUAGUAGUCUCCAUCUUCCUAUGACCUCUCGCCUUACAAGUCAUUUUCACCCUCACAACAGGAUGUAUUUUUUCGCACCCUUCUCUGUAAACACUACAGACUGUCGUACGUGAAAAUCCCAUUUAAUCAGCAGUUUCUGAAAUACUCUAAACAAUCUGUCCGCCGUGAACUAUCAUCCGCGGUCAAAGUCACUUAGAUCACAUUUCUUCCCCAUUCUGAUGUUUGGUCUGAACAACAACUGAAUCUCUUGACCAUGUCUAUAUGUUAUUAUACAUUGCGUUUCUGCCAUAUGAUUGGCUGAUUAGUUGUUUGCUUUGACGAGCAGGUA